AUGUCAAUGGAUCAUCAAGACCUUAAGCCGGUAAUAUGGCAUAAAACCGAAAAAAAGCCGAAACCAAAAAAUAUUCAAGAGGCUAGAAAAUUAGGUAUAGAUGUAGAAGUAGAAAAGAAAUAUUUUGGCGGUAAAAAUAAAUCAUGUAAAGGUAAUUUAAUAAUAGAAAAUAAAGCGAAAAUUGAACAAGAGACAGAGAAUUUUAAAAUUGAUAGAGUUACUCCUGUUUUUUCAAGAGCUUUACAACAAGCUAGAAUAAAUAAAAAAUUAACACAAGCUCAGUUAGCUCGACUCGUUAAUGAAAGUGAAUCGGUUAUAAAAGAAUAUGAAAAUGGAAAAGCAAUACCAAAUAAUGUCAUUAUUCAAAAGUUGAACAGAGUUUUAGGCGUGAAUCUCCCAUCGCCAAAAAAGAAAUAA